AUGAGCUUACCACUCAAGGGGCUCCGUCUUGGGUUCGCCCCGGUUCGUCUUGGGGACGGGGACAGCCUUGGCGAGGAGACGGCCCGUCUUGGGAUCUCUCUUGAGGUAGCCGGUGCCGUCGAGCCAGGGGGUGAGCUGGGACAUGCGGCGCUCGUAGUCGGCGAUCUUGUCGUUCUGCUGCAUGGUCAGGCCAAUGUCGUCGAAGCCGUUGAUGAGGCAGUGUUUCCGGAACUCCUCGACGUCAAAGUCGGAGAGGGUGUUGCCUUCCGAGUCCUUAAUGAGCUGGGCGUAGAAGAGGGCCUGGCCAAGACCAGUGCGCUUGAUGGUCUUGAGGAACUGCUUGGGGAUGAUGGCGUCGGUAUCGACGUUGGACAUCUCGAGAGGGGCGGCGAUACCCUUCAGGUUGGUGAACUUGGGGAGACCGGCAGAGGUACCGGCCGAGACAGAGGUGUUGGUGUGGGGCUCGUUGUCCUGUGGCUGGUCGCCGAUAGCUUCCUUCUCCGAGUCGCUCUCCUGUACCCGCUCGUCGACGUGGGGCUCGCUGGCGGGGGUAAUUGCGGCCUCGAUGUGCGGGCUGACCUUGUACCCCGCAAGCUUUCUGACAUCGGCAAGCUUGCCGACAAUGGCGGCGGCAGCAGCCAUGACCGGGGACAUGAGAUGCGUUCGGGAUCCGGCACCCUGGCGACCCUCGAAGUUUCUGUUGCUGGUGGAUGCACAUCGCUCCUUGGCAGCAAGGAUGUCAGGGUUCAUGCCCAAGCACAUACUGCAGCCCGCCUCACGCCACUCAAAGCCGGCGCUCUCGAAAAUCUUGUCCAGACCCUCCUUCUCGGCCUGGGACUUGACGAGACCGGAGCCGGGGACGACCAUGGCGCGCUUGAUGUUGUCCGCAAUCUUCUUGCCCUUGACGACCUGGGCAGCGGCGCGCAAAUCCUCGAUGCGGGAAUUUGUGCAGGAUCCGAUGAAGACCUUGUCGACGACGAUGUCCUCCAUGGGCGUUCCGGGGGUCAGACCCAUGUACUCGAGCAUUCUGCGGCCGGCGGCCUUCUUGCUCUCAGUGGAAAAGGUCUCGGGGUCGGGGACCCGGCCGGUGAUGGGGACAACAUCCUCGGGGCUGGUACCCCAGGUGAUUGUGGGGAUGAUGUCCUUGGCAUCGAUGAAGACGUCAAUGUCGUACUUGGCGUCGGCGUCGGACUGCAAGGACUUCCAGUACUUGACGGCCCGGUGCCACUCGUCCGAGUUGUACUUGGGAGCCAGGGGGCGGUUCUUGAGGUACUCAAAGGUGAUGUCGUCGGGGGCGACCAUGCCGGCUCUCGCACCACCCUCGAUGGACAUGUUGCAGAUGGACAUGCGGGCCUCCAUGCUGAGACUGCGGAUGACGGAACCGCAGAACUCGAUAACGGCACCGGUACCGCCGGCGGUGCCGAUCUUGCCAAUGGCGUGCAGGACAACGUCCUUGGAGCUGACACCGGGAGCCAGCUCUCCGUCGACCUGUAUCCGCAUGUUCUUGCUCCUCUUCGUGAUCAAGCACUGGGUGGCCAGGACGUGCUCGACCUCGCUGGUACCAAUACCGAACGCCAGGGCACCGAAGGCGCCGUGGGUCGAGGUGUGACUGUCACCACACACGACGGUGGUACCGGGGAGGGUGAAGCCCUGCUCGGGGCCAAUGACAUGUACAAUGCCCUGUCGCUUGUCGCCAAGACCAAAGUAUGUGAGGCCGAAGUCCUUGACGUUCUCCUCAAGGGUCAUGCACUGGAUUCGGGAGUCAUCUUCGGCGAUGAAGGAGCCAAUGUCCUUCAUGCCUUUCCGCGACGAAGUGGGGACAUUCUGGCGAUUAGGUGUUAG